AUGACUAGUUGUGUCGUCAUAAGGGCAGCGCCACGGCUCCUCAGUGUACUGCGUAGUUUGCUGUUGGGAGAUUUUGUACUUCAUUAAAAUAAAUAAAUUAAGCAACAUCGUUUUUAAUGUGAAUUCUGCCUGUUUAAGGAGUUUCCACUGAGAUAUCUGAACAAACAAAAGAGACGGUGCUGCAAGUAAAGUUGAAUGAAAUCUGCUUGACGUGCUACUGAAGAUGGAGAUUGUUAAAGAGGAGUUUAAAGAGGAGAGUGAAGACGUCAGUAUUUCAGAACCAUUCAGACUGAAGAAUGAAGAUACUGAGGAACAAAGAGACCUGAUGAAGCUGAAAGAGGAAAGUCAAGCACCGAAUGAAGUGGAGGAGAAACAUCAGGAUCAGGAACUUAAUAAUUUCGUAACUGGAGAAAAAUCAUAUAGUUGCUCACAGACUGAAAAGAAAUUCUCACAAAAAAGAACAAAAACUGAAAAUUCUUUCAUCUGUCCUCAGUGUGGAAAGACUUUCAUACAUAAAGGAAACCUUAAUAGCCACAUGCGAAUUCACACAGGAGAGAAGCCUUUUACAUGCCAUCAGUGUGGAAAAAAUUUCAGACAUAAAGGAAAUCUUAAUUUUCACAUAAGAAAUCAUUCUGGAGAGAAGCCUUUCACAUGCAAUCAGUGUGGAAAGAGUUUCACACAUAAAGGAAGUCUUAAGGAGCACAAGAGAAUUCACACUGGAGAGACUCCAUACACAUGCCUUCAGUGUGGAAAAAGUUUCACCCAAAAAGGAAGCCUUGAAAACCACACAAGAACUCAUACUGGAGAAAAGCCUUUUACAUGCAUUCAUUGUGGAAAAAGUUUCAGACAUAAAGGAAGCCUUAAUUUACACAUCAGAAUUCACUCUGGAGAGAAGCCUUUCACAUGCCAUCAGUGUAGCAAGAGUUUCACACACAAAAGAAGUCUUAUGGAGCACAUGAAAAUUCACACUGGAGAGACCCCAUACACAUGUCUUCAGUGUGGAAAGAGUUUCACACAAAAAGGAAGUCUUAAAAUCCACACAAGAACUCAUACUGGCGAAAAGCCUUUUCCAUGCCUUCAGUGUGGAAGGAGUUUCAUAGACAAAAAUGCUCUUAAUGAUCACAUGAGAAUUCACACUGGAGAGAGGCCUUUCACAUGCCUUCAGUGUGGAAAGAGUUUCAAACAUAAAAGAAGCCUCAAAAUUCACAUUAGAAUUCACAGUGGAGAGAAAUCUUACUCAUGUCCUCAGUGUGGAAAAUGUUUCUUGGUAAAAGGAACCCUUAUAAGGCACAUCAAAAUUCACACUUGAGAGAAACCUUUUGCAUAUCUUCAGUGUGGAAAGAAUCUCACAGACAAAUCAAGCCUUCAGGAUCACAUGAGAAUUCACACUGGAGCAGGGCUGGACUGAGACUAAAAAUCACCCUUGGCAAAACCAUUCCAAUUUGGGGGUGGGGGUGGAUACAUUUCCACAUUCAAGUAGAUUUGAGUUGUACUUGCAUGCUUAGAAAAUAGAUGCCUGGAGGCAUUACAUGCCAGACAGAGUGACCAGAGUUGCUUUAAAGAGACUUUGCUGGUGUGUGAUUUGUUUGCAAAAAACAUUUAGACCAUUGGUUGUGUGGCAGUGUAUGAUUGAAGAAUAUGAAUGUAAUUUAUUUCCUUUACAAAGUGUUAGCAAAUUAGCAGAAAAUACAAGAAUCUAAAUUGUCUUGACAUAGUUGGGUAAGAUGUGUAAGUUGGUGAAUGUUGGUGAAUUCACAUUUGAAUUGGCAAACUCCCCAAAAUAAGUACUUUAGGUGUGGGGUAGAUGCUUUGGGGUAAGCUGUGCCAAGGGCUCAAAUAAUAGUGAUGAUUUAGAGCUUGGCAUUAAAAUUUGGACAUUAAAAUGGCAUUAAAAAACACAUUUGACUUGUUGAAGAUUUGAAAAGGAGACCAAAUUGCUUCAUUAAAACUGAUGGAGUUUUUUGUUGCUGUUGUUGUUUUUUAUCGCAUGAUUCAUAUUAGGCAAUACUUCUUGUGAAUGGCAAGAUCAAAAUAUGUGAGGGUUUUAUAGGGCCAGGCGGCUCUGAGCAAAACCUCAAAUCUCGUCUCAUUGAUUAGACUCGAGGGGCCAUAUUUAAAACGAUAAUUAUCUUACCACUAGGCGUUCUCUGAAGAGUUCCUAGCAUAUAGUUUUUGUCAGUGUACUGGGCAUCUUGCAUGUUGAUGCUGUGGAAUUAUUUUCGGUUGACAAACACAUCUUCAUCUUGUGUUGGUGCACUGAUAUGAACUUGCAUCCCAUCAACCAACUACACCGGGUAGCCCAUCGAUGGCCACGAAUACAACUUCAUUUCUCUGCAGCAAGCACGCAUCCACAGAAAACAUGAAUUGACAGAUGAUGUGCAGUCUUGAGAGGGAAUUUAUAGUUCGAUGCAUGAUGUUGCUGACAGAUGAAUUAGAAAUUUCCAAUUCAUCUGAGCACAGUAGCAUUGUGCCUGUGGUCAGGCCAGGGAGCGCAGAGUUGUAAAAACCUUUAUUUCCAGUGUAAUUGGGUUGUUUCAGUUUGUGGGAGAGGUAAUUGCAUCCCCAACUAAGUUUAAAGUAAUGAAAACACCCUUGCGAUUAUAGUGGUACCUUUUUUUUUUAAAGGUCAAUGUCAAUAUUAUAUUAAAAUAUUAAAAUAUAUAGACUCGUUCACAAUUUAAGUGAUAAUUUUAAUAUAAUAUCAUAUUAUAUUUACUUGAUUGCAACAUGGAAAGACGACAGCACCCAUGCGUUUGGAUUUGAACUGGGGCAUUCCCUCAACCUGCUGCAUACCAUACGGUCCCCUGACCAUGUAAAUAUAUGUUGAUUUUUCUAAACAAAAAUGAUGAGGAUUGCCCAGAAGCACAUUUUGUGGAUUGGCCGGCUGUUUUUAUUCUUCCAUUGUUAAACUGCCAAAAGUUAUCACCUCGUAGGUUCAUUUGUGUCAUGGUCCCGUCACUCUGUCAGUCUGGGUUUCUGUCUGACAGGACCGUGACAUCAUCGUCCCAUGUCUGUCUUGUUUUUCGUUGUCUGUCUUGGUGUGAGCGCACAGUUUCAAUUUAUUUUCCUGCCGUGCGCCCUUCGGUCGGUCUUGUUUCAUGUCCGGAGCAUGGUGUCUGGAUCCUUACCCUUCUGUCUGGUUCAGUUUUGGUGUCGGGAUCCAGACACUCAUGUGCGUUGUGCUUGCCAUCUUGGUGGCAUGCACUCAAUAAUCUAUGUCUGUCUCUCGCGGACGCGCAUUGCGCUCGCUUUGCACUACGUGCCCGGGUCGCCAGCUGUCUUCAUGUAGUCUUCUCGUUUUUGCUGUCCAGUGCCAUUUCGUCUUGUUUUCCAGUCUGUCUUGAAUGUUGCAGUCAGUCUAGUUUGUUGGUCUGUUCAUGUUAAUCCCUGUUCCUGUGUGGUCCGGUCGGUUCUGUUCCCCGUAACUUCUGCCCCAACCUGGAUUAAUUACUUUACAUUUACGUUUGUGUUUGUUUUUUCCACUUUGUGGGAAUUUUGGGGUUCUUUUUUACCCUUUUUGUUAUAUUAAUAAAUCCUUUGUUUUUUCAAUCUGCAUUUGGGUCCUGAGCCUCUCAUUCCCAACAUUUAGACACAACUGAUCCAUUCAAAAUGUGUUUGUUACAAAAUAUAAAAAGAAUGUAUAUGGUUGAAUAUACAGUUGUUUAUUCAAAUGUUGAUGUAAUAACUAAUGCUAAAUAUGCACAUCUGUCAUGUGAGCCUGCACUGUACAAAAAUUAUUUUGACAUCUAGUUGUAUCAAAGUGCUUUUGUGAGCUGACACAACUACAUUUUUCAGGCAACUUAACAUGUUAAGUUGUGAUUUUAUCAACUUGUACUUAAAGGUGCUGUAAGCAAAUCUUUUCAUGGAAAGGUAUGCAAAAAAUGUUCCUACUCCCUGAAAUAUAUUAAUGAAAUACACCGAUCAGCCACAACAUUAAAACUACCUGCCUAAUAUUGUGUAGGUCCCCCUCGAGCCGCCAAAACAGCACCAGCCCACAUCUCAGAAUAGUAUUCUGAGAUGCUAUUUUUCUCACCACAUUUGUACAGAGUGGUUAUCUGAGUUACCGUAGACUUUGUCAGUUCGAACCAGUCUGGCCAUUCUCUGUUGACCUCUCUCAACAACAAGGCAUUUCCGUCCACAGAACUGCCCCUAACUGGAUGUUUUUUGUUUUUGGCACCAUUCGGAGUAAAUUUUAGAGACUGUUGUGUGUGAAAAUCCCAGGAGAUCAGCAGUUACAGAAAUACUCAAACCAGCCAGUCUGGCACAAAAAAUCAUCAUGUGAUUAUCUAAUCAGCCAAUCUUGUGGCUGCAGUGCAGUGCAUAAAAUCACGCAGAUACGGGUCAAGAGCUUCUGGUAAUGUUCACAUCAACCAUCAGAAUGGGGAAAAAAUGUGAUCUCAGUGAUUUGGACCGUGGCAUGAUUAUUGGUGCCAGAAGGGCUGGUUUGAAUGUUUCUGUAAUUGCUGAUCUUCUGAAAUCGCUUACAGCACCUUUAAGUUAAAUUAACAAGUGUGUUUUUCAUCUCAACUCACUUAACAAAGUUGUCUGAACAAACAAAGAUUUGCCAACUGCUAAUAUGCAUUGCUGCACAAAAAAUGUGCGAGGUUAGUGUUGUAGGACUUUUUUAUUUAAAUUUUUUUGGUAAAUGAGGAAUUUAUUUGUGGUAUUGUUGUUGUUUUUGUCAUCAAUGUUAGUUAAUAGUUGUGUGGUGAUGUUAAGAGCUUCUCUUUUACUAAAUUAUGUUUGUUGAGUCACCAUUACUGAGGUUUUGUGUGUCAAAUGUUGACAUCUGUGUGCCUCCUAAUCACGCUAUCGUGUGUGCAGACACAAAUACAAAGACAACGUUUAGAACACAAAGACAUUUUUUUUUUGAAAGAAAUUGCGACUGUACCGCCUAUGAUUUUACCUUUAAAACACAAUCGUGGUGACAAAUAAGACCAAAAACCAUGUAUAAUACCAAACAGAAGAUUGACAAACAUUGAUCAAAUGACAAACAAUGAUUUUGCAGGACAGUGUCAGUACCAGCCACAGCGCAAAAAGGCCUUUUGUGAAAGGAUAUGCAAAUAAAUACAAUGCUGAAAUAUGUCUUUGCAUUUAUUUUAAAUGUUGAAAUUAACUACAUCAAUAUCAGAUAUUACUGUUAAUGUGGUCCAAAGUGUAUUUAUUCAAUAAAGGCAUAUUGCUCAUCUGCUGGGUGCAUUUUACUUUUCCACAUGUAUCCAAACAGACAAAUAAAUAAAAAGAUAAGUUAAAGAUUGUUUCCAACAGUCAAAUGUGCCACUAUGCAACCAUUAGUUCACUCCUGUUAUCUGAGAACUAUUAUGCACGUUUAUCUACUCCACAUGACACUCUAUAACUUUAAAUGCAUAUCACAUACACUGGCAGCCAAAAGUCUAGAAUAAUGUACAGAUUUUGCUGUUUCGGAAGGAAAUUGGUACUUUAAUUCACCAUUGUGUCAUUCAGCUGAUCGCAAAUUAUAGUCAGGACAUUACUGAUGAAAAAAAAACCAGCACCAUCACUAUUUGAAAAUGUCAUUUUUGAUCAAAUCUAGACAGGCCCCAUUUCCAGCAGCCAUCACUCCACCACCUUAUCCUUGAAUAAUCAUGCUAAAUUGCUAAUUUGGUUCUAGAAAAUCACUUGCCAUUAUAUCAAACACAGUUGAAAGCUAUUUGGUUCAUUAAAUUAAGCUUAACAUUGCCUAUAUGUUUGUUUUUGAGUUGCCACAGUAUGCAAAAGGUCAAUAUUAGGUAAAAAAUAUGGCAAAAAAGAAACAGCUUUCUCUAGAAAC